CUUAAAUCCCAUGAAACGUUACGGGAGUAGGAUUGGGAUGAAAUAAACAGCGCUCAUCCGGCGAGAUUCCACGAGAUUGUGUCCAUAGCUGUGUCCCUUCUAGCCACAACUCCAUAUCCCCGUCCUCCAAAAAAACGCAGCCAACCUGAUGGCUUGAACCUUCAGCGCGCCGAAUGAUUGACACGUGGAGAGACUUUCUGUACGACUGACGUCAUCCCGUUGGACGCUUUGCGCGUGUGUUGUCACGCUGAUGACGUCACCUCAAACGUAGCGUUACGAAUAAAGUAAAGCAUGAUCGCCAGUCUGAUUUAUUACGCGUUAUAUCCACUGACAAGGUUCAUCAACAGCGCCUCAGAAUUGUGGCAGAGGACACCGAUUGCUUACAUUAAUGGAAGAGGAGGUUGUGGAGAUCCUUCCAGACAGAGGAUCCUUCCAGAGCUUCAGAUGGAUCUGUUACAGCACUACAAAAACACAACACGCAUCAUUUCUACCCCAGAAGACACAACGAGUCAGGGAACGGUGCAGGGACAGAUCAGAGAGACAACAGAUGAAACACAGAGGAGGCGACAGGAGGAGUUGAAUGAGGAGGUGAUGACACUCAGUUAUGAAACAUCUGUGACAGAAGAAAACACUGCAGCGCUCACCCAUCACACAGAAUGGACGGAGGCUUUGAUCGAGGACGUGACAAAUGUAAAGCUCUCAACAUCAGUCAAUGAAUGUUCAGAUGAAAACAGCGAAUGUGCUCUUCUGGUCAGUGAGGCUGAAAGUCACUUAAAUGUAGACGUCAUGUCCACCACAUUUGUCCAAGAGCUUCAGGUUAAUCCUGAUGACAUAACCGAUUCUGACUGUGCUGAUGUAAGCCGCAUAUCUUCAGAUCUCACAGCAGAACUUCAUAGAUGUGUUGAAGAAGAUGAUACACCUGCUAAAGGCUCACACAUACAUGAUGAUGAUGAUGAUGAUGUAAAGGAUUUAGAUACACACCUCAGUGCAUGUUGCUCUGAUAUCUUACUGGGUUUGGAUUCUGAUGGAAGUGAAGCUUUAUUCACCAGCAGCUGCCCUGUCUUUGAUUUAAGGGCUUUGCUUUCAGACGCUCACUGUGUUCAGCUUCCAGCCGAGCCCAUCGGUUGGCAUUUUCCAGUAGGUCUCGGUCUGUCAGACGUGUGCUAUUGCCCUUACGUUCAGUUUCCAGCUGUCAGCUACUAUCCUGCCUAUCAGGCCAAUGACAAUAUCGAAGUGAUGUGGAGAGUAUGGGAGGACCUGAGUGAAGCCUGCGGUGAGCCGUGUGCAGACCCUGUCUUUGAGUUCAGCGUCAUGUCUUACAACAUCUUAGCUCAGGAUCUCCUGGAGUCUCAUCCACGGCUAUAUAAACACUGUAGAGAGGAGGUGUUAGCGUGGGACCAUCGGCUGCUUCUCAUCCUGCAGGAGCUGCGUAUCUGGGAGCCUGACAUUGUUUGUCUUCAAGAGGUUCAGGAAGAUCACUUCUUAGAGCAGAUAUAUCCCGUCCUGACUGAAAUGGGAUACACCUGCAUCUACAAGCGGCGCACAGGCAACAGAACGGACGGCUGUGCUGUGUGUUAUUACAGCGAGCGCUUUACUCAACUCUCUGUUAAACUGCUGGAGUUUCACCGACCCGACUGUGAGCUGUUAGAUCGUGACAACGUGGGCAUUGUGCUUCUCCUUCAGCCAAUCACAGAACGGCUCGAAGCUCUCGGCCCUGUCUGUGUGGCUAACACACAUCUGGUGUUUAACCCUAGGAGAGGUGAUGUGAAACUAGCACAGCUGGCCAUCGUGUUGGCCGAGAUUGACCUCAUGAUCAAGAGCUGUAAGAGUCGAGGUAAAAGCUGUGAGGUGAUUCUGUGUGGAGACUUUAACGCCUUACCCAACACACCGCUGGUAAAGUUCAUCACCGGCGGCCAACUCGAUUACCACGGUUUACCUGCCUGGAUGGUUUCAGGUCAGGUGGAUCUGUCGAGUAACCUCCAUCACAGAAGACUUUUCACCCCGCUGUGGCCCACCAGCCUCGGUAUCAAUGAUGGUUGUCAGUACGAGGUUCAUGCUGAAGGUCAAGUCAAAGAUUUGAAUAGCCAUCUAACACACACUGAUAAGGUUUGCUGUACCACUGCUAAAGAGAAACUGCAGUACAGUCAUGAUUUUCUCCGUCAGCUGCGAUACUGUCAGUCGUCUUGUGUGCGGCCACCAGAUCUGGACUUUAUACCUGGAGUCACAGACAACACGCCAGAUCCUAAAGACAUCCAGAUGUUCAAUCUAAGGUUUGGAGCGAGUUUAUUUCACCGUCUGAAUCUGACAUCAGCUUACCCUGACAUCCAAUCAAACACUGAGAACUGUGUGCUGCUGACUACACUGAACUCAGAGGGAGGAGCUAUGGUGGAUUACAUCUUUUACUCUCAUCACAUCAAACAAAGAGACGGUGGUUUGAAGCUGAUGGGUCGUCUGUCUUUACUGUCUGAAGCAGAUCUCUGGUCACUUCCCAAUGAAACGUUUCCUUCAGAUCACCUCAGCCUGCUCGUCAGAUUUCAGCUCGCUUGAGUUUCUUUACUCGUCUCUUGAUUAUUUCUCAGCUCAGCAUUGAAGAUGAAGCACAGGCACUGUUAUCCUCUACAUCACACAUUUGACAAAACUAUGUUCAUGUUGUCAUGUCUGAUUCAUGUUUCCUUCUCCUAACUACUCAUUUAUAUCACUAGAUUACCGCAGUUGAAGUUCGUUGUUUUAUGUUUAAUACUAAAAAAGGUUUUUGCUUGUCAAGCUGACCAUGUCUUUAAUUCUUUUGUUUAUUUUUAUCAGAACAAGUGUUGAAGAUACACAUGCUUUAUUGGGAUUUCAUUUGUUAGACACCUUUGUUUUAGUUUGAAUAGAGCAAAAUAACUACGCUGACAAAUUAUAUAUAUAAAAAAAAUGAAUAAAGAUGUCAGAUGUCUCUGGA